AAUAUUCGUAAGUCUUAUCUGCCAAUGCAGCGACAGCAAAACGAUACGACGCCACUAUUGGCAGAAAAAGACUGACCUUGAUUAAAGUUUCCGUGACCAAGAUGCGGCGGCGUGGCGUGGGCAUCGGCGCCGUGCGCAAGAAACAGGAGCAGGCGAAACAAUACUCGGAUGUGGGUGAGCAGCUCGUGGAGGCAAAUUUGUCGCACGUGUCGUCGCAGCUGGAGCUGUUCCGCACGAACCUACAGGCGUUCGCUAUCAAGUACAAGAACAACAUCAAGAAGGACCCCGAUUUUCGACAAAAGUUCCAGGCCAUGUGCGCCAAGAUUGGUGUUGACCCGCUGGCCUCUAAGAAGGGAUUCUGGUCUGAGCUGUUGGAUGUGGGCGACUUUUACUACGAGCUGGCGGUGCAGAUCAUCGAAGUGUGUAUCAUCACGCGCCCCAAGAACGGCGGACUCAUUGGCAUGAGCGACCUACUGCGUCUGUUGGAAAAGAAACGAGGUGCAGCGAUGCAGACGGUGUCUGACGAUGACGUCAAGCGGGCAGUCAAGAAGCUCAGUGUGCUCGGAGAGGGCUUCCAGCUGAUUGACAUGGAGGAGAGGACGAUGAUUGUGACUGUGCCGGUUGUUCUGAGUCAAGAUCACUCGACGAUCUUGGCGCUGGCACAGACGACAUGCGGCAUGGUGAACGUCAGCAUUCUGGCACGAGAGUUGCAGUGGGACAAGAAACGAAGCAUGCUAGCCCUGAACGUUCUGCUUCGAGAAGGCAUGACGUGGCUGGACGAGCAGACGAGUGAACCUUCCUACUUUUUCCCUAGUAUCACACUGUCUGGUACUUACACAUAG